CCUUUGUGAUGAAGAAGCACCUGAGCACUCACCUGUUGGGGAAACAUGGACUGGGCCAGCCCAAAGAGAGGAAGUUUGAGUGUGAUCUGUGCGACCGGUCGUUCAGUGAGAAGUGGGCUUUGAACAACCACAUGAAGCUGCAUACGGGGGACAAGCCCCAUAAGUGUGCCUGGCCUGCCUGCCACUACGCCUUCCUCACCCUGUCUGCCAUGAAAGACCACUACAGGACACACACGGGAGAGAAGUCCUUCCUGUGUGAUCUCUGUGGUUUUGCGGGUGGCACGCGACACGCCCUCACCAAACAUCGCCGCCAACACACUGGAGAACGGCCUUUCAAGUGUCAGCUGUGCGGCUUCGCCUCCACCACCCAGUCCCACUUGACCCGCCACAAGCGGGUGCACACAGGGGAGAAGCCCUACCGAUGCCCCUGGUGCGACUACAGAUCCAACUGUGCGGAGAACAUCCGAAAGCACAUCCUGCACACGGGGAAACACGAGGGAGUGAAGAUGUACAACUGCCCCAAGUGUGACUACGGCACCAACGGCCCCAUGGACUUCAGGAACCAUCUGAAGGAGCAUCACCCCGACAUCGAGAACCCUGACCUGGCCUACCUGCACGCAGGUAUCGUGUCCAAGUCGUUCGAGUGUCGUCUAAAGGGCCAGGGAGCCACAUUCGUGGAGGUUGACACAGCGUUUGACGGGGCCUUCCCGGUGCGGAGGGUGGGCUCCAUGGAGGGGCUGGAGGGCCAGGAGAGUGUCCAGCAGGUGAUUAUCAUCCAGGGUUAUGGCGAUGGGGAGAUGGCCUUCGACCAGGCCCUGGAAGAGUCAGCCGCUGCCACCCUGCGGGACCUGGCCAUGGCGGGCCAGGUGGCCGAGGUGCUCCACAUCACCGAGGACGGCCAGGUCAUCUCCUCAGGGAGGGAGGUGUCUGCAGGCGGGGCACAUCACCUGGCCGGAGGCACCACCCAGUACGUCCUGCUGGAGUCUGGCGGGUCUGCAGCUGGAGGUGGAGGUCACGGGGGAAGGGCGAUGCACCACCACAUGGUGUCGGAGUCAUCCACGGCUCUGGAUGCCCUCCUCAGUGCCGUCAGCGAGAUGGGCCAGCAGGAAGAAGACAGCCAAGAGGUCAUGACCCAGGAAGUUGUGUCAGAGGUCAUGGAGCGAGUGGAGGAGGAGGAGAUGGAGGUGGAGGUGAAGACAGAGGAGGAGGUGUGCGAGGAGCAGCAGGUGCAGGAGGAGCAGGUGGUCCAGGAGGUGCUGCAGUUUGCAGCCAGCCAGCUGAUGAUGAAGGAGGGGCUGACCCAGGUGAUCGUCAACGAUGAGGGGACCCACUACAUCGUGACGGAGCUGGAUGACAACACCCUCCAGGUGGAGGGGACCAUGUACACCCAGCAUCAGGGAGGGGAGGACGACCAGCAGAGUGAGGGCGUUUCAGAGGGCCAGGCUGGGGAGAGGAUGGUCUACUACCUGGAUGGAGCUCCACACAAUGUGGUUCUGGAGAAGGUGGAGGUGGACUAGUCAGUGACUGGCAAGUUUCCUUGAUUCCUCGAGUCCUCUCUCCUCACCUCCUUCUCAAAAGCAGUUGGAUAAGAAGUUAUAGGGGAGUGACCUCUGUCCUUUUCAUCCAUUGGGUUUUGAGAAGGAGGAGAGAGGAUGCAAGAAAUCAAGGAAAUGCAAUUGAGACUCUUCCUGUAUGAUGAACAAAUGUCCAGCUUAAAGCCCUUAAGAGUCUUUCUCUUUGUCUCUUUCAUGGAAAAUGUAAUUAUCUUUUUUACAUAGCUUUAUCUCCAUUUUGUAACGAUUUACUCAGGAUAACCUUGACAUCUAUGGAGUUAUAGUGAGGGGCGAAGUUUAUUUGCUAACAUUAUUUAACAUUUGCAUCAUUUUACAGCCAAUGCCAGAAUUACCACUUGUUUUUGGAGUCAUGGCUGGAAAUACAUUGCCUAUUUUCACACGGUUCUAUUUUUUGAAAUGUGUUCAAUUACAAAAAUAAUAAUUUUAAGAUUACAUUUCCAGCAGGAUAUUUUCCCAUUACCUAGAAAGACUUUAAGUUGCAUGGUUUGGUUUUAUUGAAAGUUAGAGAAUAAUAACAGCUUUAUUUUCAAGGACAUUUUCACCCCAAAAAAUGAUAUUUUGGUAUUUGUUUAAUUAGUCCAUUAUUGAUACAGUCCCACAAGGUUUUGCAUGUCAUCAAUCACUUUUUGAAGAUAUAUCACUUUUGAAAUACAGAAAUACAGCCGGUGUGAUGCAUUUUGCGUCAUGUGGUGUAAAAUGCAUCAUCAUGUGGUGUAAAAUGCAUCAUCAUGUGGUGUAAAAUGCAGCAUCAUGUGGUGUAAAAUGCAGCAUCAUGUGGUGUAAAAUGCAUCAUCAUGUGGUGUAAAAUGCAGCAUCAUGUGGUGUAAAAUGCAUCAUCAUGUGGUGUAAAAUGCAUCAUCAUGUGGUGUAAAAUGCAGCAUCAUGUGGUGUAAAAUGCAGCAUCAUGUGGUGUAAAAUGCAUCAUCAUGUGGUGUAAAAUGCAGCAUCAUGUGGUGUAAAAUGCAGCAUCAUGUGGUGUAAAAUGCAGCAUCAUGUGGUGUAAAAUGCAGCAUCAUGUGGUGUAAAAUGCAGCAUCAUGUGGUGUAAAAUGCAUCAUCAUGUGGUGUAAAAUGCAGCAUCAUGUGGUGUAAAAUGCAUCAUACCUGCUGUACUUCUGUAUUUUGAAAGUUACAUCUCUUGAAAACUUGAUUGCUGACAUGCAAAACAUUUCUGUACUAUAUCAACAAUGGACUAAUAAAACAAAUACCAAAAUAUCGUUUUUGGGGUUUUCCUUUAAGUAGUGAAUUAAUUUGCAAUUAAAAAAGUUUAAAAAAUAAUUGUUUGCUCAUUUAAAAAGGUACAUUAAUAGGUCAUGUUUUGAUAAGACCAGCUAUUACAACUUUACCUUGCUGAAUCUAGGACCAAUAGUAUUUUGGACAUCGAAAAUAUCCAUGAGGCUGAUUGGUCUAAAUCCAGGGGCAGUCCAAUGAUUGGCUUUUCUUUCAGCAAUUGCUCAAUAUGGUCAGGAUGCUGAUUGGUCUGAAUCCAAGGGCAGUCCAUCUGUUUUUCAGGAUGUUCUCAAAAUGGCACGGUGCUGAGUUUCUGAUAAUCAUAAUUCCAUUCAAGUUGACAAGUAUUUUUUUCCCCAUUGGCUUUACUGCUCUCAGUCAAUGUAAAUAUAUGUUUCUGUAAAUGAAAUUGUAAUGAUACUGGUAUUUGAGUAAUGACAAUAAAGCCCAAUCUUCAUCUGGA